GGCCGAGGGAAGGAACAUGGCCGAGAGACCAGAAGACCUGAACCUGCCAAAUGCAGUCAUUACCAGGAUUAUAAAAGAGGCGCUCCCAGAUGGAGUGAAUGUAUCAAAAGAAGCCCGCAGUGCAAUAUCCCGAGCAGCUAGUGUUUUUGUUCUUUACGCAACCUCCUGUGCAAAUAAUUUUGCAAUGAAGAGCAAGAGGAAAACACUGAGUGCCUCUGAUGUGCUUGCAGCGAUGGAAGAGAUGGAGUUUGAUCGCUUCAUUGCUCCACUGAAAGAUGCAUUGGAAGCUUACAAGCGAGAGCAGAGAGGAAAGAAAGAAGCUUCAGAACAGAAGAAGAAGGAUAAGAAGCCUGAGAAUGAGGAACAUGACAAGAGUAAAGAAGAUGAGAAUGAGGAAGAUACAGAAGAGGUAAAAAUGGUGGAAGAUGAUGAGCAAAAAGAAGUUGAAAAUGAGGAAGAGGAUGUGGAAAACUGAGGCGCUUGCAAAUGCCUAACGUGACUGAAAUAGAAAUGAUGUAUUUGGAAAUUGGCAGUGAUCACAAAGAUUAUUGCAGUGCACUUCUACAGCUCUGUUUAAGGGCUUUAUACCAUUGGGUUGAUACCACUAAGGAAGCAUUAGUGGAUCAGCUUUCUCUGUUUUUGUACAGUUGGAUAAAAUUGAAACCUCUUCUAUUAGUUAAUCAUUUGAGUUAUCUUUUUGUAAAACUAAAUGUUUGAAUAAUGCAUUCUAAAGGACACCUUUUUUUGCACUCUUACAUUGUUAAUAAAAUGGUUCCAGGCACCUGGAAUCGACCAUG